UCGCUGGAAAGCUAUGACAAACCUGGAGAAGCAGCCAUACUAUGAGGAGCAGGCCCGACUGAGCAAACAGCACCUGGAGAAAUACCCAGACUACAAAUACAAGCCAAGGCCGAAGCGUACCUGCCUUGUAGAUGGCAAAAAAUUACGCAUUGGCGAGUACAAGGCUAUCAUGCGCAACAGACGCCAGGAGAUGAGGCAGUAUUUUAAUGUUGGGCAACAAGCACAGAUUCCCAUUGCAACCGCAGGCGUAGUUUACCCAGGAGCCAUUGCCAUGGCCGGAAUGCCUUCCCCACAUCUGCCCUCCGAGCACUCGAGUGUGUCCAGCAGCCCGGAGCCCGGGAUGCCUGUCAUCCAGAGCACUUAUGGCAUGAAAGGCGAGGAGCCUCAUAUCAAGGAAGAGAUGCAGACCGAUGACGUCAAUGGAGAAAUCUACGAUGACUAUGAUGAGGAAGAGGAUGACCCUGAUGCGGACUAUGGCAGUGACAGUGAAAAUCACAUUGCGGGGCAAGCCAACUGAUCAGGGUCCAAAUAUCUCGUGACCUACAGGACUUCAAGGAGACAAGAAAAAAUAAAUAAAGCCCCAUCUGGUUUAUCCUUGCCAGUGGCCAAGCACAUUAACUUUCUCAUACACUGACUGUUACUUUAACUGUUAGUCUUAACUAGUUGGGACAUCAGCUGACUAAUAGACAUCAGCCUGCAUCAGAAGAAAAAAGGCUCAGAAGAAAGGAAACAAAGACAACGACGACAACAACAACAGAAUGAUAUAAGCUAUGGGUAAAAUAAUGCCAGUAAUUCAGCUGCUAUACCCAAGCACUGAAGUCUUACCCGUCGACCUUUUAUUAUUAUUAUUUUUUUUUCAAAUAAACUUUAUGGCUGUUUGUUCUACAA